AUGUCCUCCAAUGGCGUCGAGCAGGAGGUCGCGGCUACGCAAACAUCGAAGCGCAGCAACAGCUUCUCCAACCAGUCCGAUACCUCACAGACAGCUGCCGAGUUCAUCCGCAACCAAGAGCUCCUCGAGGCUGAUGCGCGCGAAGCGCUACCCUUCAGCAUCGACCACUGCACCCGAAUCCUUGGCCCUCUGAGGCAGAGCGUCUUUGCGUGCCUGACGUGCAGCCCCGCGCCCGCGACCGACACCGACACGUGGAUGCCCGCCGGCGUUUGCUACUCGUGCUCGGUCCAGUGCCACGGAGAGCACACGCUCGUCGAAAUCUUCCAGAAGCGGAACUUUACCUGCGACUGCGGCACGAAGCGACUACCCAGUACGAGCCCGUGCGUGCUGCAGACAAACGACGAGACGAAUACACGCGGCAACGUGCACUCGCAGGAGCCCGACGUCAACAACCGGUACAACAAAAACUUUCGGAACCGCUUCUGCGCGUGCGACUGCGACUAUGAUCCCUUUGAGCAGAAGGGCACCAUGUUUCAGUGCCUCGGCCUCGGCACCGAGGAGAGCGGCGGCUGCGGUGAGGAUUGGUACCAUCCAGGCUGCCUCGUGGGCAUGGGACCCAAAUGGUACGAAUCGAUGAUGCCCAAGAAGAAGAAGGCCGAGAAGCACGAGAAUGGGAAUGGUCUUGCAGUCAUCUCGGAAGUCAACGAGGAUGAGAAACAAACGGAGGAGAAGGGGGAAGAAAAGACGGAGGACAACGCCGCGGAUGACGACGAGGAGCCACCUAUGCCUCCUGGUUUCCCCGAGGAAGAAGAUUUUGAUGGCUUCUUGUGCUACAAGUGCGUCGAAUCAAAUCCCUGGAUUAAGGCGUAUGCUGGCACGUCUGGCUUUCUCCCUGCUGUGUUCCUCGAUCCCGCAGCCGCAGAGGCACCUCAAGCGUCGAUUGCGGAGGCGUCCCAAGCGUCCACCGGAGGCAAACGCAAAGCAGAAGACGAUGACGAGCAGCAAGAUGAUGCUAAGCGCGUCAAGACCGAAGACGAAGCGCCCUCCGCUCCCGCAUCCACCAACAUAACCAGCGAGCCAACAACAGCCCCCUCCCCCCGCGGCUGCAAGCUCCCCAACUUCAGCCCGGCGCCCACCGGCCGCUUCUCGCUCUUUUUCAAGGAAGACUUUCGCGACCGAUUCUGCCGCUGCGGCGACUGCGCCCGGCAGCUCGCCCUCUUCCCGCAGCUCCUCGAGGCGGAAGACGUCUACGAGCCGCCCAUGUCGGACAAGGGCGACGACGCCGGCUCGCAGCACGGCGGCUCCACCGCGGGCAGCGGCAGCCUGCUCGAACGCGGCGAGAGCGCGCUGCGCAACGUGGACCGCGUGCGCGCCAUCGAGGGCGUCAUGGCGUACAACCACCUCAAGGAGCGCCUCAAGCCCUUCUUUCAGCAGUUUGCCGACAGCGGCCAGGCCAUCGGCGCAGAGGACAUCAAGGCCUACUUUGCCAAGCUGCGCGGUGACGAGCAGGCCAUCCGGGACGCCGGCGAGGGCGCCGCCGCGUCGGCGUCGGGGUCUGGCCAGGAUGGCGGCGGCGCCGCCGAUGGGCGUCGCGAGCAGGGAGGGUAUUAA